AUGGAUGAUGAUAAAUUGCUUGCAGGGCCAGGACCCUUCCCUGGCAUUGUGGAUCUUUACACUCUAGGCGGUGGCCCAUCAGAACCGAGAGCCAGUUUGCUGGCCAAUAAAGGCUUUGUGGUACUCGCUCUGGCUUUUUACCGCUACAAGGAUUUGCCUAAAAAAGUUGACAAACUAGAUCUGGAGUACUUUGAAGAGGGAGUACGUUUCUUGCAGAAACACCCCAAAGUGAAAGGCUCUGGAGUUGGAGUUAUUUCAAUCUCCAAGAGUGGAGAUCUAGCUCUCUCAAUGGCAUCAUUCCUGUCAGGUAUCAAAGCAGUUGUCACCAUUAAUGGUUGCUGUGCCAACACCCUUUUUCCCCUCAAAUACAAAGAUACCGUCAUCCCUGCUCUCAUGGCUGACAUAAAGAAAGCACCCCUGACAGAGCACGGACUUCUUAACAUCAGCAUGAUCUUGCAAGAUCCUGCGGCCAAUGAGAACCUGGCCUCUGGGAUUCCCGUUGAUCGUGCCGAAUGCAAGUUCAUGUUUGUAGCAUCUGAAGACGACAUGAACUGGGACAGUGUCUUUUUCGCAGAACUAGCUGCCCAACGACUGAGAGACAGUGGGAAGGAGAACUUUGAGAUAGUGAGGUACCCCAAGGCAGGACACUUUGUGGACGUUCCCUACAUGCCCUUCUACCCCUCUGGCGUUCAUGCGGCAGUGGGUAAAGUGGUGACGUUUGGAGGAGAGGCUAAAACUAACGCACACGCUCAGGUAGACUUGUGGGGGAGAGUUCAGGAGUUUUUCCACAAGCAUUUAGACACAGGCAACGCUCAGCAUAAAGCAAUGCUGUAA